GACUGAUCCAUAGAUCAAUAAUCACCUUGAUUGAUUCAAUCCUGCUGGAGGAAUAAUACUUUUUAUCCCUCUCUUUUGAAACCUUUGGACAAGUUUAAUUUUAUCAUGAAUUUGAUUUGUAAACAGAAAUUAACGAUGCACUUCAUUUGGUUUUGGAAGUCAUUCAAUUGUUGUGUUCAGAUACAUUCGCCAUUUUGAUUCGAGUUCAUCAACAGAUGGGGAACCCUCGUUGCGAAGGGGUUUUCCUGCCUCGCCCGGGGCAGCAGAUGCUGAGUUUGCUCUCACAAGGUGCAGCGGGUCCUACACGGAUGUUGGUGUCUAAUACCUUGGCGAUUGGUUAGAGAAGAUGUUCCGUGCGUUAGAUGAGACAGGCGAUCCGCACCCUUGGAUUUCCAGACCACACCCCACGGUGAAACGCAUACCGCAAAUCCUUCCAUCAGCGGACAUUUUCGUUAUUUCUGCCAACCCAAGCCCUAUCUUCGGUCCCACAGCCAGAGCGAGCGACCGAGCGAGCGAGCGAGAGAACGUAGGUGAAAAGGUCACGCUUUUUGCCUCUCUACCCUUCGCCAAUUGCGGCUACAGCUUACCCACGAGCCUCCUCUUCCCCUCUCUUCUCCCACACCGGUCCCACAACGCGACACCCUCGCUUCCACCGUGCCUUCGAUCGCUACCUGCUGGUCUUUUCAGCGUCGUCAUGGCCGCACCGCGGACACCGCCGCCGCCGCCGCUGAUCGGGAAGGCCGGGUGCUACACCAUCUUCAUUACCCCGCCUACGACUCGGACGCCAUCCGAGCUCCCAAGAUCCCCCAUUGCGAGCCCUGCCCCGAGCCUUCGCGCCAACAAUCCUGACAAGGAUGCUCCUUUGCCGGCUAAGGCUCCUUCUCCGCUGCUGCCGCCGCCACCGGUUCAGGUCCCACCUCUGCGGUUUGAGAAGCCAGUCUCCACGUCAUCUGGGUCCGUGUUCGGGUUCUUCUGGGACGCCGUCGCCGAAGUACAAGAUGCGCAUUCAAAGUUGGACGAUUUCUUGGCGGAUUGGUUUGGGUUAAACCAUUCCAAGUACCAGUGGGCGUUGAAUGAAUACCACGAGCACAAUGAGAAGGAUAAGGAAAGUAGUAAAGUCAAUAAACCAAAAGAGCUCGUCCAUAGAGGACAUUCUGUCUAAUAACUUACCAGUGAGCAGCAAACUUUUUCAACACUGGUGUGUGGAUUAUAGAGUUAAAAACAUGUCUGAUGAAUGCAGUUUAUGAUAGUGUAUCAAUGCUUCGAAGCAGUCAAUGCAUUACUGACAAAUUGGUCCUUUGGGCAGUGGUCAGUCCAUUUUAGGGGGAUAGAAUAUACAAUAAAUAAGUUCCUCUGCAAAUGUUUUCCAUUGUUUGCAUGUUGAUAUUUGCUCCUUUGGGUAUCAGUGAUGUGAACUGUCUUUGAACAUUUAUCAACUCAUCUCUCCAAAAGCAAUCAAAAUAGUCACAGUUUGCUUUUUGUAUGACAUAAACAGCUCUUCCCUGUAAUAUGAAUAUCCUAUUUACUUAAUAUUUUCUUAAAUACUUUGAUUCCCUAUUAUAUUAUGCAUUUUUACAGAGUUCGAGUGCUACUAUGGAUCAUUGCUAAGAUAGUGACAAGAAAAAUGCAUUGCUACUUGGCCUUUAGCUGCCAUCAAUCAUGGUUGCAGUUUUUCAUUGUGUCAUGGUUGUAAGUAAUUAAUGAUAUGAAGUCUGUGUGUUUAAUAUCCUUAAACAUCAAGUAUACAAACUGUUGGUCUUUGUUUGUGUUGCAUCAUUAGUGUCUCAACUCAGUGGAGGUUUUGGAAUGCCUACUUAACCCUGUUUGAUUGGGUUUAUUGGUCCCUUUUUGCACUGGUUGGUGAUGUUAUAUAUUUAGUUCUUAAUUUUUAGUGUAUAUAUAUAUAUAUAUAUAUAUAUACAUGUAGAGGGGUAUAUAAGUAAUUUGCACUCCUAUAUAUAAAAUAAAUACUCCACUUCUCCCGCCAUCCGAUGCUUACGCAUUUUAGGAGUCGAUCGUUUCUCGUCGUUCCUCUUCCUUACAACCUGCGUUUAGGCGCAGCUUUUCCGUUGAAUCUCUUCAUAGAAAUAGCGGCAAUGAUACAGAGGCAGAUCCAUGGAGCUCCGCCUCGCCUCUUCACCGGAACCGCUUUCAUGCCCACUCCGGGCACCCAGAUCGCCGCCGACCCCUUAUCCCCCGCCAAGAAUCGUGGGUCUCAAGGAGUGCUCCCGCUGACGGCGAAGCAGAUUGCCGCUGCCUACCACUCCGGCGUCGACAAAUCCGCGCUCUCCAUUGAUGGAAUUGAUGUCACUAAUGUUCGGCUUUUGGGAUUGGUGAUGAAUAAGGUGGAGAGGGUCACUGAUGUCACCUUCACACUUGAUGAUGGAACCGGUCGGAUUGACAUCAAUAGAUGGAUUAAUGAAGCCCCUGAUGCGAAUGAAGUGACAGCUAUCCAAAACGGGAUUUAUGUAAAAGUUCAUGGUCAUUUGAAAGGAUUCCACAGCAAAAGGCAUGCAUCUGCAUUUUCGGUUCGGCCUGUGAAUGACUUCAAUGAGGUUGUGCUCCACUUCAUCGAAUGCAUAUUUGUACAUAUGGAUGUCAAGAAAAUAAUGGGAGGAAGUUCUGCUCAGAUACCAACAAAUCUAACUGCGGCCUCAUCUUUUCCUAAUGGAGCGAAAGAAUACCCAGCUCCUUUUUCCCACCAAUUUUCUGCUUAUGUAGCCAUGGAUGGACCUGGGAACAACAUUUGCAACAUUGUUUGGGGGGUUUUCCAAGAGCCAGCAAACCUAGGCCGUGAAAAUGGUUUGCACGUUGAUGAGAUUGUCAGAAAAUUGGGGAUACCGAAGAAUACGGUCAUCAAUGCAAUUAACUAUCUUGUGGAUGUGGGCUACAUUUAUUCUACAGUUGAUGAAUGUCAUUUCAAGUCCGCAUACAAUGGUUGAUAUGCGUCAGAUGUUUUUUUAACCUUGACUGAAUAAAAAACAAGAAAAGGUGUAAAUAGGGUCUCUUUGCAGGAACAUAUACAUCCACUUUGUUAUUCCCCUGCCAAAUUUUGUUGGAAGUUGGAAG